AUGACUCAGUUGAUGAUCGGGGCCGUGAGGAUCGCCGUUGCGUUGAUGGUGAUGGCAGCAGAGAUUGAUGUGUCAAUGUCUGUUCGGAUUUUCGAGGAGUUGACGCAGACCCAGCCAAAACCGAAUGGUUUGUUUGCGGUACAAAUGCGUUCGGGGCUUCAUAUCUUGACUGGUCAUCCCUCGGGGACGAAGCUGUGGCAGCGCUCAUACUUUUUCGUUAAGGCUAAUAAUGCUGCCUUCGAAGAUCCACCAGACGAAAGCUUCCGAUUGCUCAUCCGAACACCAUCGGCCCUCACGACACCUUCUAGAAGGACGUUCCGAAGUCGAUUGGUCGCCAGACGUUCCGUGCGUGACGACAACCGGGAAAAGAAUGAAACUUCCACUCAUGGGGCACAUUCCGAAAGCAUAUCCGAGCUACAGCGAGCUCCUACGCACUCAGCUAAGAGACUUAGGGGAGAAAAUCAGGUGGAAGGCGAUCAUUCGACUAGCGAGGCAGAUGGUGCUAACGAUCCAACCGAGGUGGGCCUUGUUGGGUCGAUUGGUGCGAAGAGGAAAGAGCCGACCGACGGGAAUUUUCUUCGACCUGGCGGAAAGAUUCAGAAGAGGUCGCGAGGUCCUUCUCCUCUUUCUCCUAAGGAGAUAGCUUUACCGGCCUCUCGCUUGCUGCCUUGGGGAGGGUUGAGUCCUCCGUCUGAUAGGUUUCCACUAGCCUCAUCUGAGCGUUGGACCUUUUGUCAUGACAAGGACUCGCCGUUCGCCAGUGACCCUGAUGCGUGUGCUGAGUUUGUUCGUCGGAUCCGUGGUGGCGCACAUUUGAUGCCGGAGACUUCCGAGCUCGCGUUUCCAGAUGGGUUUAUCGCAUCUGCUCAGGCCGACGUGGAAUCUGUUGUCCGUAAAAACCAACUCAUUUUGGAUUACGAGCUGUCACUGUGUAGGAUGGCUUCAAAUUUCGCUAAGGCCGAAGCGGCAAUCGAGAGCAAGGAUGCUGAAAUCGAGAAAUCUAAAAGGGUUACUCUGGACAAAGCCAAAGAGAUGAUCGCCGAGCGAAGCCGUUAUCAUCGUGAGCAUAAGCAGGAUGCUGAGAUAAUUAAAGGUCUUGAAGGCGAAUUAGAGGCUGCUCGAAGUAAGAUCGAUCGAUUGGAGGCAGAGAAGACCGAGGAGGCCGAGAAGACGAAGAGGACGAUGGAUCAUUUGAGACAAGUGCACCGCCGCGAGCUUACGUCCGAGAUGUGUUGUAUCGGAGUGGCGGCGGCGGAUCGUUUCGACAAGUUUAGGAGAUACAUGGUCGAUCGAGAUAAGCGCGAGGAGAAGCUCAGUGGGGGAUGCUGGAAGGAUAUCUUGUCUGCCAACGAGGCAAAGUUCAAGGAAGAGCUGGAGGGAGUUGUCGUUGAAGGUAUCACGGACCACAAUCUCACUGUCUCCUCUCUUCCUCGUCUCGAGCGACUUCAGGGUUCGAACCAGUUCGGCUCGAACGUCGGCUCGAACGUAGAGGUUGCUGAUCCGGCUGCUGCUUGCGAAGCUUCGAUUCAGGAGAUUCAGACCGCGGGGACGAUCGGUGCUGCCGUUCCAGGUUCAAUCGCCGAAGAUUGA